AUGCAUAACGAAUCGAUGGCUGACUUCAACAACAACAAUCAUGAUGAGAAUCGAUCGAUGGGAGAUUCGGGGGCUUCGGAAGACAGUCGAUCAAUAGAAGAGGAGGUUGGAAUCGACAUGGGUGAAGCGAGAGAUGAGCCGACGCCGGAGCCGAUCGCGGACUCGCCGCAGCCACAGCUUCUCGAUAGGACCCAAUUGAUUUUGAGCCUCUGUCGCUCUCAGGAUGACUGGAUGGUGGUUCGCGGGAAUCCCAGAACAAAUCUUCUCGAUUUGAUGUACGCCCGACGAAUCGCCGAAUUGUUGAUUCGAUGGUUGACGACUCCCGAAGCGAUCAGUGCCGAGGAGAGGGUGUUCAACUAUCAGGUCAUGCUGAGCCUCAUGCACCGCCUUCAGAAGUUCGCGCAGCCCCUUCUUUCGAGGCGAUACUCGAACCGGCGAUUCUGCUGUCGUGUCUGUUAUAACUAUGUGAAGAUGCGCUGUCAAUUUUUGCAAGUGCCGAUCCCUCCGAGAGAGAGCUUCGGACCAUGGUCGACCCAUCCCCUCAUGGUCAAUGUUCGCGGUGUCACGAUGACAUUGUGCCCAUUUUUGAGAUGCCAGCUUUGCCCCUACUGCUGCGCCACUGGACAUCGUGCCCAUAUUCCAAAGCGCUGCCCCUUCUAUCCGCAUUAA